CAGAGAGCUCUCUGAUGAAGGGUCUAGGCCCGUAACGUCAGCUUUUGUGCUCCUGAGAUGCUGCUGGGCCUGCUGUGUUCAUCCAGCCUCACAUUUUAUUAUCUUUUAUCAAUAUCACCGGGUGCUGAUGUGAAAUAGUAUCUAUGCAGGGAACGGAUUUUGGCAGGUUUGUUUUUUGCUUCCGUUUAUUCGUAAAGUUCGAGCAAACAAUCCUUUCAAGAACAUAAAUACAGAUGUAUGGAGGCUAGGGAAUGACUGAGAUUGAGUGAAGCAUGUCGGUGUAAUCUAAAAGUAAAUUACUUCAAAUACUUUUGCAUUUUUCUUUGUUUGACUUCUUACUGUUUUGUACAUAUUGGCGGGCUUUUCGAGUUUGAAAGAAAGCGGUUGAUGAUUUGGCGCCGGCAUUUUCCUCCGGUUUCCACGCAGAGGAAUUUUGUUUUAUUUUCAAAUCUCCCCGCGGUUUUGCAGAAAGCUCAUAAAUGAGGCUUUCUGCUGUCGGUGGGAAAAUUUCAAAGUGAACCGAGAUGAAAGCAGAACAGCUGGCGGACUGGCAUCGCAAAAGUAGAAAUAUUGUUGAUCCCGUGCAAUAGGGAGCGCGAUUGUCAAUAUUGUUUAAAACGGUCAUGCGCUCAACGGGAAAGAAAUAGCAGUGCGAUGCUUUUAUCAAUGUAUCCGGGUGCUGAUGUGAAAUAAAAUGAAUUUGUUCAGAGAGUAACUUACGCCGGGCUCUUUUUCUGCCAUCUGUUUAUUCUUAAGGAUCAGGGUAAAAAGCAAAAUCAUAAUCACAUCGAUUCACUUAGGCCUGGGAAUCAGAGAGAGAUUGUAUGAAAUAUACAGUUGUAUUCUAAAAGUAAAUUAUCUGGAAUAUGAACGCAUUCUUCUUCGUAAAACUUCUUCCCGUUUUGAAACUAUUGGCGGGCUUUUCGAGUUUGAAAGAAAGCGGUUGAUGAUUUGGCGCCGGGAUUUUCCGGCCUCCUCCCCGGGCCCUCUCCGGAUUGGUGAGGGAAGCAGAUAUCUGAUUGGGCAUUGAAACGACAUGAGGAGAUACUGAACAAUGUGACCAAUCAGCAAUGGCCGCACCCCCAUUCCUCCCGAAGGUAUAAGAGGGCGGGAUGUGGCCGCAUUGCAGAAUUCUCUGUGAAAGUGUUUGUGAGAUUGUGGCGAUGUCUGGGAGAGGAAAGGGCGGUGGCGGGAAAGCUCGGUCGAAGGCGAAGUCCCGGUCGUCCCGGGCUGGGCUGCAGUUCCCGGUGGGCCGUGUUCACAGGCUCCUGAGAAAGGGUAACUAUGCUGAGCGUGUGGGUGCCGGAGCGCCGGUCUAUCUGGCUGCGGUGCUCGAGUACCUGACGGCUGAAAUCCUCGAGCUGGCCGGUAACGCGGCCCGGGACAACAAGAAGACCCGCAUCAUCCCCAGGCACCUCCAGUUGGCCGUGCGCAACGACGAGGAGCUCAACAAGCUGCUGGGAGGGGUGACCAUCGCUCAGGGCGGGGUGCUGCCUAAUAUCCAGGCCGUGCUGCUGCCCAAGAAAACCGCCGCUGGGGGCGCCACUAAAAAGUGAAGGGGCCGUUCUGUAACCUGACAACCCAAAGGCUCUUUUAAGAGCCACCCACAACAUCAGUGAAAGAAACUGGACCCUCACCACAGCCGAGUUAAUUUUAAUGUCCUCUGUAUUACUGGGAGACUGGUAACACAAUACUCACCCUGCCAUUAUUGUUAGUGUUAUUGAGCUAUAAUCCGCCCGGACGGAAUGUAUCCAUGAGGUAGUUUCCUGUAAUUGUAUUGGAAAGAUCUGACACUGUUAGAGGAAUAGCAACAAGUUUAGAAAUCGGGUAAUAAUAACCCCGGAAGCCGUAAAGCAAUUCAGUAUCCCUUGACAUGAUGCAUUCGACCAGAUAAAACUAUCUGUGGUACGGUAGCCCUUCCGCCUGUGCUGUUUUUCCUCUUCUCGGGUCUCCGUUCU